AUUUAUUUCGCAAAUAAAAACCCCACACAAACACAAGCAGUCCCCGAAACCCCGACUUGAUUUUCCCGGAAAAUCCCAGCCUUUCCGAGAAAACCUAGCGAUGGACCCUCCUCCUCACCCCUCAGACGAGUUCCGCAACUGGCUGGAGCUGCCCAGAGACUUGACGAAGUCGAUCCUGCUGAGACUGGGCGCCAUCGAGAUCCUGACGAGCGCGCAGUGGGUGUGCUCGCCGUGGCGGAAACUCUGCAAGGACCCGUCAAUGUGGCUCGCUAUCGACAUGCGUAAGCCCGGCGACCACUGGACGUUCCCCGAGCUCGAGAAGAUGUGCCGCGACGCCGUGGAUCGCAGCUGCGGCCAGUUGGUCGAUAUCAAAGUCGACGACUUCGGCACCGACGAGCUCCUCAGGCACAUUGCUGACAGUUCAAGUCAGCUCAAACGCCUUCGACUUGCAAACUGCCUUGGCGUUUCAGAUGGGGGAUUGAGUGGAGUGGCUGCAAAACUUCCAUUACUAGAGGAGCUUGCCAUUUCAUACUGUCCAUUGUCAAAAGAAGCUCUGGAAGCUGUGGGCCGCUGUUGCCCUUUGUUGAAAUCACUCCAAUUCAACAACUGGUUUCGGGGUUCUAAAAGGUGUCAUGAGGAGGCACUUGCUAUUGCAGAGAACAUGAGUAAAUUGCGCUGCCUCAAUCUUGUUGGAACUUAUACUCUGACUAACGACAGCUUGCAGGCCAUCCUCGAUGGUUGUCCUCACCUUGAAUCGCUUGACUUACGGCGCUGUAAGGACCUCACUCUAGAAGGGAAUUUGGGAAGAAGGUGUGCUGAGCAGAUUAAAGACUUGCGUCUUCCCCAUGAUUCCAUUGAUGACUAUGAAUUUAAAGAGGACAUUUGUGAAUUGAGAAUUACUGGCACAGUACUCUUCAGUCCCCACGACUACGACUUCGACUUCGGCAGCCGCUUCGACGAUGCGGAUUUUUGGUUUGACUAGCAUAAAUAGAAUGAUUCCUAUGCUGAAAAUUGUUAGAUACUUUGUACUACUAUUAAGGCCUUGUUUGUUAAAUAACAUGGCAAUACGGCCUUGUUUGUUGUGAAUUCUUUUAAGAUUUUUUAUUUUUUGAGAUUUGGUUUA